UGGAGAAACAUUUUUUUUUUUCUUUUGGUUUAGCAAACUUUACUCUUUGAGAAGAAAGAGUGGAAAAGACAAAGACACUGUCCAUUUCCGACGACGACGCGCUUGGAAAGAUCACGACGAAGAAACAAAACGCAAUGUCAUCUUCGUCGUUCACGAGGCUCCACAUUACAGCACUGGACGCCAUCGUGAACGUGAACUCCCUCUUCACCCUCGCCGUCUUCGUCGGCCUCUCUUGGAACCCCAACGACCCCUCUAACAACCUCAACGCCGAUCCAGCCUGCUCUCCCACCGCCGCCAUCGCCGAGAAUGUCGUCGCCUUCCACGUCUACUCUUUCAGCUCCUUCCUCUUCUCCAGCCUCGUCGCCCUCGCCCUCAAGCAAGCCAUCCGCCUUUCCCGUCACAACAACCACCACUUCUCCAUCCACUACCCCGCCGCCGUUGAGUUCAUCGCCGCUCGCAUCAACCGCUCCGCUCUCCGCGCUGGCAUGCUCGUCUCCGGCGCCGGCUCUGUUGUUGGAUGCGCCUUCCUUAUGCUUGCACUCGUCAACGUUGUCCAGAUCAAGCUUGGAACACUCGCCUGCGGCAGCGCCCACGCCUACGCCGCCGUCGUGCCACUCCUCAUACUCGUCCCCAUCGCCCUCCUCAUUUACGUUUCCGUUGUUUUGUACGCUUUUACUCGCUAGGGUUCUUGUUCUUUUUGUACUUUGUGCUCUGCAAUCACCUUGAAUGAACGGGACUAAUCUGUUUUUGUUUCUUCUUAUUCGAAAAUUAAAUCCUGAAUGCCUGAAUUUAUUUAUUUAAAUCUUGUUCUAUGAUGUGACUAAUUUUAAUUUA